AUUACACUUAGUAUUUGAUAAAAUAUUUUAAAGAAAAAUAUAAAAAAAUUUACUAAAUUGACUAUUACAAUGGAGAUUAAGAUUUUCAAUUUUUUUUCUGUACUUAUGUUCAUCAUUCUACUAAAAGCAGAAAACUCAAAAGGUUUAGGUGUGUUUAAAUCCAUUAAAUCAGCGAUAAGCGGAAAUGAACCUCUUAAAGAAGUGAUAUUCCAUAAGAAAUUUGAAUCUAACAUAGAUCACGUAUCUGUUUUUAAAGACGUAACGCUAAACAAUCAUAACUUCUAUAAUCCAAUGGACACAGCGUUGCGUAAGAAAAAAUGCGAGAAAUUAGGUUUAAAAUUUCAAAAAUCAACUAAAGAAUAUCCGAAAAAUAUUCAAAAAAUAUUAACUAAACCCAGGAACAUUUUAGAUACAACAACUGUAGAUCCAUAUAACGUUGGAAAUGUUACUUACGAACUUCUAUCUCAGUUACUUUGUAAUACAGAUCAGUACCAUGAAACUAUAAGAGAUGUGAUACAUAAGAAUUCCUUGCAGAGUAAACCGUUAAGGGAUCUUUUUGAUGGAGAUCAAGAUAAAUUAAAUAAGUACCUAGAAACUAGACGUAUAAAUGAAAAUAAUAGAAUAGGUACAGAUGUAGAACUGUUUAUCGCAGCGUACGCUUUAGAUGUUUGCAUUUAUGUCUAUAGAGAUGGACCGAUAGCAAUGAAUAAAUGGACAUUAUAUCAUAAAAAUUGGCCUAAUCUUGAAAAUCUUGAUAUGAAGAAUGAAAAGUGUUUGUAUAUUGCUGAACCAUUUCUAGGAUGUGCUUAUUAUGCUGUAGAAGAUGUUGCUUAAUAAAAAUUUUUUAUUGUAAAUGAAAAUGCUUGGAAUAGUAAUUAUAGAUAAUUACAAAUAAUAAUAAUUACAGCUAAUUUACCUAUGUAUACUUGAAUAAUUAAAAAUAAAUUUGAAUUUAAUUUAGUAUUAUAUUUUACCAAAUCUCCAACAAAAUGUUGUCUGUAUUUA